UGUACACUCAUUAUCCCAUUAAAGUUGCUCAAGUCCCACAUGUAAUGUUUACACUUCACUAUUGACUCCAUUUCAGAUCACCGACACUCUCCCUCUCUUUAUCUCCCACCAUUCAUCAACAUUCUAACUCCUCCAACACCACCACUCAACCACCGCCAUGUACGGCAGAGAUCCAUGGGGCGGCCCACUGGAGAUCAACACGGCGGACUCCGCCACAGACGACGACCGGAGCAGAAACUUAAACGAACUCGACAGAGCUGCUCUGUCCAGACCAUUAGAUGAAACUCAGCAAAGCUGGCUGUUAGGACCAGCUGAGCAGAAGAAAAAGAAGAAAUAUGUGGAUCUUGGGUGCAUCAUUGUCAGCCGUAAGAUCUUUAUUUGGACGGUUGGGACUCUCCUAGUCUCCGGUUUAUUAGCCGGGUUGAUCACCCUCAUCGUUAAAACGGUUCCCCGUCACCACCACUCUAAACCGCCGCCGGAUAAUUAUACACUCGCCCUCCAUAAAGCUCUCAACUUCUUCAAUGCCCAGAAAUCUGGGAAACUUCCGAAGCAUAAUAAUGUGUCGUGGCGAGGGAAUUCUUGUACUAAUGAUGGUAAAUCUGCGACCGGGACGAUUUUUAAGGAUCUGGCCGGGGGAUAUUAUGAUGCUGGUGAUGCUAUUAAGUUUCAUUUUCCCAAGUCUUUUGCUUUGACUAUGUUGAGUUGGAGUGUGAUUGAAUAUAGCGGUAAAUAUGAAGCUGCUGGUGAGCUUAAUCAUGUUAAGGAUAUUAUUAAAUGGGGUACUGAUUAUCUUCUUAAGACGUUUAAUCAUACUGCCGAUACCAUCAACACCAUUGCUGCUCAGGUCGGUUCUGGGGAUACGUCAGGAGGGAGUACGAAUCCAAAUGAUCAUUAUUGCUGGAUGCGUCCGGAGGAUAUUGAUUAUCCGAGACCUGUGACCGAAUGUCAUAGUUGCUCAGAUCUUGCUGCUGAAAUGGCUGCGGCCCUUGCUUCUGCUUCCAUUGUUUUUAAGGAUAAUAAGGCUUACUCGCAGAAACUUGUCCAUGGUGCUAAAACGCUAUUUAAAUUUUCUAGGGACCAGCGAGGUCGAUAUAGUGCUGGUAGUGCUGAGGCUUCGAUUUUCUAUAAUUCUACGAGUUAUUGGGAUGAGUUUAUUUGGGGUGGAGCUUGGCUAUAUUAUGCUACUGGAAAUGAUACUUAUCUUCAGCUCGCUACCACUACUGGUUUAGCCAAGCAUGCUGGUGCCUUUUGGGGCGGCCCUUUUUAUGGUGUUCUUAGCUGGGAUAACAAGCUUGCCGGUGCUCAGGUGCUUCUUAGUCGUUUGAGGUUGUUCUUGAGUCCGGGGUAUCCAUAUGAAGAAAUAUUAAGGACUUUUCACAAUCAGACCAGUAUCAUCAUGUGCUCUUACCUACCGAUUUUCACAAGCUUUAAUCGAACCAAAGGAGGAUUGAUUCAGUUAAACCAUGGAGCUCCUCAGCCACUUCAGUAUGUUGUCAAUGCGGCUUUUCUAGCCACACUGUAUAGUGAUUAUCUCGAAGCUGCUGAUACUCCUGGAUGGUAUUGCGGGCCAGAUUUCUACUCAACUAAUGUCUUGCGUGAAUUUGCCAAGACCCAGAUUGAUUACAUUUUAGGGAAAAAUCCUCGGAAAAUGAGCUAUCUCGUGGGCUUUGGUAAUCAUUAUCCAAAACACGUCCACCACAGAGGUGCAUCAAUCCCGAAGAACAAGAUCAAGUAUAACUGUAAAGGAGGAUGGAAGUGGAGGGACAGCGGAAAGCCAAACCCGAACACAAUUGUUGGAGCCAUGGUCGCUGGCCCUGAUAAGCACGAUGGUUUCCAUGAUGUCCGUACCAACUACAAUUACACGGAGCCUACUCUUGCUGGCAAUGCAGGUUUAGUUGCAGCACUUGUGGCUUUGUCUGGUGAAAGAGGCGCUGGGAUCGACAAGAACACGAUAUUCUCAGCAGUUCCUCCGAUGUUUCCCACUCCACCACCACCUCCAGCACCAUGGAAACCAUGAGCUACCGCUGGUAUAUUCAAGUUAAGGCCGUCUGUUCUGACUUAAGGUUAUAUGAUCCCGCGGGAAUUGAUGAUGGUGCAAAUUGAGGAAGAUGGGUAUAAGAAGAAAACGUGAAGACAAGCCCUGGUGUUGAUAAUUUGUAUCCCAAAUGUGAUUUUGUUUGAUUUUUGUGAGAUAUAUAUAGUAUAAUGUGUAUCAUAUCAAUCUUGUAUUCUUUGAAACACACUGAAACUAAACAGCUGAAAAAUUGAUUAACAAUAAGCUUCUUUCAA